AAAGUCUCCUGCAUCUUUUGCGUUGAAAGAAAGCUCCGGACUACCAGGCAACGGCGGUUGCAGUCGACCUCCACGGCCAUGGCUAGCAGUGCGGAUAAGAAGAAAAGCAACGGCGUCGAGCGGCGGGAUGCGGGGCUCAGGAGUCUUGACCACUACCGCAAGACGCUCCCCCACUGGCGAUAUAAGCCUCGACAGAUGAUCCUCCCCAUUGUCCGUUUCGAGACCCCGUAUCUGGCCUGGUUUCAGGAGAAGGUUCGCACUCCGACCCUUGAUACAUAUUUUGCAUUUACAGCGAACCUGGGCACACAUACGUUCUUCACCAUCUUUAUCCCGCUUCUGUUCUGGUGUGGAUAUGCAAGAUUUGGCCAUGCGUAGGUCCCGAAUUGAAGCACAAAGAGAGCGGGCAUGGGCUUUGACACUCAUAUUACAGUAUUGUUCAUCUCUUGGCUUCAGGGGUCUUCUUCAGCGGCUUCAUGAAGGAUCUGCUAUGCCUCCCUCGCCCGUUGUCCCCCCCUCUCCAGCGAAUCAGCAUGUCCGAGUCUGCUGCUUUGGAAUACGGCUUCCCUUCAACGCAUUCAACCAAUGCCGUUUCUGUCGCUACGUAUAUCCUUUUUCUGCUCCGAUCGCCUGAUUCCACACUGAGCGCCCGUACGACCCUCAUGUUUGAGGGUUUGACGUACCUCUAUGUUUGCUCCAUUCUCAUCGGUCGCCUGUAUUGCGGCAUGCACGGUUUCCUGGAUGUCAUUGUCGGUUCCACCAUGGGAAUCUUGAUUACAUAUUUCCAAUGCACGUACGGGGAUGCGUAUGAUGAUCAUAUCCUCUCGGGAUCUGCCAAGGACGUGUUCCUGGUAGCCCUGGUCAUCCUCGCUUUGGUUCGCAUUCAUCCUGAGCCAGCGGACGACUGUCCGUGUUUCGAUGAUAGCGUUGCGUUCGCAGGAGUCCUACUGGGGGAGGCCGUGGCGCACUGGCAUUUUGGACAAGCGAGUUCAUUCUGGGACCUUCCUUAUCCAAGCACCGCUCCGUAUAGAAUAGAAUAUAUGGGCUGGCCCAGGACGAUCCUGCGCCUUUGCAUAGGCGUUCUCAUGGUCUUUGCAUGGAGGGAAAUCAUGAAGCCGUCUCUCCUGCAGAUUCUUCCUCCUAUUUUCCGAGCAUUAGAGAAAGCGGGCCUCGACCUGCCUAGGAGAUUCUUCACCAAGGCCUCAGAAUACAAAAACAUCCCCGCACAUCUGCACGACCACGACGUCCUUCCAGAUUUCUCCGAGAUUCCUUCAAUUCUCAGCACUAUCCGCAGACGACGGGCUAUAUCCGUUGGCCCUCAAUCUGAAGCAGAUGCCUACGAGACCCUGGCAUACCGUGAAAAGCGCCGACACGACAAUCUUGCCGAUGGGGGUACGGCACCACCCGCUGCCGAAGCGGACCACAAACACACUUUGUACAACCACUCCAAAAUUGAUGAAUACGAGCAUAUGAUGGGGACGGGAAGUCCCUGUCUUCCCCCAACAGGGGCGACUACGUCCGACGUUGACACAACUCCUCUCAACCAGAGAACUUCUCCCGAAAACGACGUCGAGGAAUUCACGGAAGCAGAAUUAUUCUCUCGAAUCGCAAAGCCCCGAGUACGGUACGAUGUAGAAGUGGUGACCAAGUUAAUUGUAUACUCGGGUAUUUCAUUUAUAGUAAUAGAAGCAGCCCCGAUCCUAUUUUCUAUGACAGGACUGAGCGUACAGAAAUAGCAUAUCAUACCCGCUUUGGGGGGCUUUGGGGGAAAGGCGAUUGUGUUCAGCUGGCUGAACCGGACGAGAUGACAUGACCAUGUAAAUUCCUUUUUCAUUGUGUAUAUACAUCUUGCAUUCCGUAUUGUUUGACAGAGGAGAUGAAGUCUCCGUCUUUUUCUCUUCUCCAUUCCUUCAUAUGUCGGUGGUUGUUUGUCUUGAUUGACAAAAGCAAAAUGUAGAUAGACGCGUCUUUUUGUGCUUUGUGAGACAUAUAAUCCAAGAGGUCUUAAUUCACCUUAACACAGGCAAUGCCAUUGAUGAUAUAGGGGUUACCA